AUGGGCGUGGACUAUGAUGGUCCUGUUCUCUCUCGCAGCCGGGGAAAGACGCAGAGCGCGACCUCCGAGCAGAAGCCCGACGAUCCCGUCUACGUCUUCCCCCUUCAAGUAGCGAUUCCAGUCCUCUCCAGAGUGCACCGCAAAACGCGGCACAAGAAGGAGACCCCCGCCGAAGCGAAGACUCGUGAGAAGCCCGAGUGA